CGGCCCCGCCCCCGCUCUCCAUAGUUACGGCGCUGUGGAGGUGGCGGCCAUCUUGGCGGCGGAGCGAUGAACGGGGCGAACCCCAAGGCUUCGGCCGCGGGAACGGCCGCUGGGUCCGGGGGGCUGGUGGCUGGCAAGGAGGAGAAGAAGAAGGCGGGGGGCGGCGUCCUGAACCGGCUCAAGGCGCGGCGGCAGGCGCCCCAACACGCGUUCGGAGACGGCAUCGGGACAGUGGUCACCGAGCAGGAGCUACUGGCGCUGGACGCCAUCCGGCCGGAGCACGUCCUGCGCCUCAGCCGGGUCACCGAGAAUUAUUUGUGUAAACCGGAAGACAACAUCUACAGUAUUGAUUUUACUCGCUUCAAAAUUCGAGAUUUGGAGACGGGGACGGUGCUUUUUGAGAUUGCCAAACCUUGCAUUUCAGAUCACCAGGAGGAGGAGGAGGAGGGUGGAGAUGUGGAUAUCAGUGCAGGACGUUUUGUCCGUUACCAGUUCACACCAGCAUUUCUUCGCCUCCGGACAGUUGGUGCUACAGUGGAGUUCACAGUAGGAGACAAACCCGUCUCAAACUUCCGGAUGAUUGAACGGCACUAUUUCCGGGAACGCCUGUUGAAAAACUUCGACUUUGAUUUUGGCUUCUGCAUCCCCAGCAGUAGGAACACUUGUGAACAUAUCUAUGAGUUUCCCCAGCUUUCAGAGGAUGUCAUUCGUCUGAUGAUUGAAAACCCUUAUGAGACCCGCUCUGACAGCUUCUACUUCGUGGACAACAAGCUGAUAAUGCACAACAAGGCUGAUUAUGCCUAUAAUGGAGGCCAGUAACUGCUGCAGGGCUAGACAGAGGAGAUGCUUUGCUAGGGCCUAGUGUCCUGGCGCAUGGAGGGCAUUGAAGCUGCUGUUUGUCAGCAGACGUCUGGAAACUGUCCAGGAGGCUAAGGCUGGGGUGGGGUGGCAGUUUCCUGUGCUCCAGGGAGGUGCCAAGCAGUGUUGCGUUUUCCCUUUCUUCCCUGUUCCUUAGUUCACAGAGGUAUUAUAGUAACGUAAAAGAUUAGAAUAAGGCUUCUGCAAUCCACAUUAAAAAGAAAGUUUAUAUUCAUGUAGUUCUAGCUGUCUGCAGGUUACGCUGAUGAACCUCAGUCCCUCCAGCACAGCAGUGCCCAGGUGAGGGCUGUGGCUGCCACCUGCAGAUUAGUGGUCCUUCUUGACCAAAAAAGGUGGGCGUCGCGUGGGCACCUCCCCUUCUCACUUCUGGUGUUGCCCAUAGCCCUGUCUGCCCCAGCCUGCACAUAGUCUUAAACCAACUGGAAAAAACUUGGUGCUGAGAGUGGAGGCACGAGUAAUGGGAGGUCCUGCCAGACUGAAGGACCCCUUUCAUGGUGAGCCUGUUUAUCUGUCUGACUUCCGGAUCCCCCACCAGUCCUCCUCGGGUAGACCAAGGUUUUAGCCUGGCAGUGCCUUCUUGUUCUUAUUCUGGAGGACAGAUAAGCUUCCUCUGCUGCUUGUCUACCUGACUUUGGAGCAUCUCCUGAGUAGAAUAUGUCAGUUUUGCUCAUGGAACAUACUAUCUUUCAAGGCCAGAGCAGGCCUCUAGUAUUUUGAUUUUUUUUUUUCCCCCAGACUCCUAUAGAGGAGUUUUUACAAAAUAUCAGUGGUGUUCCCAACACAUGUGGUAUGUGUUUCGAUUUCUGAUAGUAUGGAUCAGCCUCCUGGAGCUAAUCUAGCUUGUGUUAGGGGAGGUAUGGUUACAAAGCAGCAGCUACUUUAGAGAAAUUUGAUUUUCUCUACACAGCAUAGCCUGAAGGAUUGGCUUCUAAUGGGGAUUUGCCUCCUAAACUCUGUGGAUUUCUUACUUAGGAGUUUUCCUGUUUUCUUUCUAAUGAAGCAGUUUCUGGAACUAUCUGGCAAGCCAGAGCUAAGUAAUUCAUAUUCUUCAAGCUGCUAGCUGGGAUUAUUUGGGGUGAUUGGAAAGGGUGAGAUAGGCUGAGGUGGCCACAGCUCCUUAGCGCUUCCUGUGGGCUGCUUGUGUCCUUGGAUCCUUACGGGAUGGACUCCCCCCUCUUCAGCUGCCUAUGGUUGUCUCUGUGGAUGGCUUUAGGUGCUCAGCCCAGAUUCCAGGGCCCUCUCCUGUGGCCAGGGUCCACGUAGCAUGAAUGGAGAGGGGACCAGGUGUGUAGUAAGGCAGCGCGAGGCAUCACAGUGCUGUGGCAGGAGCUGUGCCGCAGGGUUCCCGGGGGGAGGCCAUGUGCGGCCCAGGAAGGAGGGCCAGCCCUGUGCCCCGGAAGCACGCGUGCAUUCGUCAGCCAGUGUUCGUUCCUGUCGGGCUUCUGGAGCGUGAGUGGUCCUGACCCUCAGCCUGCACCCCCUUCCAAAGAAUUGGUGAUGCCGUGUGCUGGCAGCUUCCUCUCGCAGAACACUCUGGAGUGCUCUGAGUGCUGGCCCUGGGUUUACCUGCGGGGGAGGGCGGGGCUGUGCACCUGCCGCAGGGGUGCCUCAUCACUGCAUGGGCGAAUCGCAGAACUGGAGUCAGCUCCAAAUCCAGGUGCCUUAGUGUGGCUCUGUCCCACAUGCUGCUGGGGAAAGCUGUCGCCUUCAUUCCCUCCUCCUCACCUGUGGACAGACGUCAGCACCCACUGUCUCCCUGCCUUCUCUUUCUCACUGUGGCCUUUAGUGGGAUUUACCUCUUCCUCUCAGACUUCAAACGCUCCUUCGUCUGUGUGACAGAAGCCCAGCUGGGAGUGCUUCUGCUGUCUGAAAUUUAAACCUUACCUAGGGUGUGCAUUUUGGAGCUGCCCAGAGCUCUGCUUAUAGAGCCUGUGGUGAGAAAUGGGCCCCUGGGGAGGCGGUUGCAUGGACACUAGUGGGCCGUCUCUUACCUGCAGGGUCAACUUCUGCUGGCAAAGCCCCCAGGAGGUGAAGGAGCUGGGGGCACUUUGGCUCGAGUAGUGCGGUAGCCCCUUCCCUGUUAACUUGCCUUAGUCUCACUGAAGACUGUUUUAAGGCCGGGUGUUCAGUUGUGCCCAGCAGGGUGGGAUUUGCUGUCCUGCUUUUGAAGGUCCAGUAUCUUGUCUAGCUGCACAGGAAAUCUUGAGAAGCAUUACCAUUCUGGGUGUUGGCUGGGAUAAAUUUAAAAUUGAAGCUUCUAGCCGGGUGCUGUGGUGUAUACCUCUAAUCGCAGCACUCUGGAGGCUGAGGCAGGAAGAUCGUCCUAAUUUCGAGGCCAGCCUGGGCUACAAAGUGAGUUCAAGGCCAGACUGAACUGCAUAGUGAGAUCCUGUCUCAGAAAAGAGAUAAAGAUAGCAGUUACCUGCUAUCAACCAGCUCCCUGCAUGGGGAGACUGUUCCCUUUGCCAAGAGCAGGUAUCCAACAGGCAGCUUCUGGAGGGCGCUCACUGUAGCAGACAGGCAGGCCCACUUGGGAGGCCUCUGCCUCCUUUUUCCUGGAUCCUCUGUCUUCAAAUUCACCAGAGGGCCUCUGCUUUUCUUUACAGCCUUUGGGCUAAACCGUCCUUCCAGCUUCUCCAAAGAUGAUCCCGGCUUCUUUCAUUUUAUGUUCCAAAGCAUGAACACAGGAAGUAGUGACUAGAUGUCACUGGGGCUAAAACAGGCCAUCAUCUCACUCUGUUAGCUCAGAGCUGUUAGAGAGAAAGCAUUGUUCAGGGCCAUGGACUUCCUGAGCAUGUCUUGGCUUUGGGCAUCUGAUUUAUAACACCUAGGAACAGUGAUUUGGAGACUCCUGGGGCUGACCAUAGACUGGUGGUUCUUGGCACGGCGUUAACUGGACAGACUAACAUAUUUUUUCAACUGGAGUGGAACCCAUUUCUGGACUGAGUUUAAUAGGCUGUGUCUAACGUACAAACUGGGUGAGUCCUGCCUUAGUUGAUCCUGCUUCUCUUGGGGUCCCAAGUUUUUUUUUUUUUCUCUCCAUAAAGUCAUUUGCUUCUGGUAGCCAGUGCCCCCAUGCCAUCAGUGAGGUUUGGGAAUGGGGAAAAUCUGUCCUGAAGAUCACAGCCCAGUCUCCUUGGUAUGUACUUGGUGGAGAAGUCUAAUCGUGGGACCUUCGUGUUGCUCACAUUCCAUGUUACAGAACAUCUUACCCACAAGAUGGGUCUGGUGGAGGUGGACUUACCUCUUGCUUUACAAAGGACCAUGUGAAGUCAUUGAAGUUGCAAAAAUCUAUUUUUUUCAUUGCAAAUGUAUUUUUCACAGAAUAUAAGAAACAUCAAUGACCUGACCUGUCCUUUCUCCUUUAUCCGAGAUCCUCAUUCCGGUUUGUACCGUCUUUGUGUCCAAAGUAAACUGGGUGACUUAUUUGUAUAAAAUGUUAUUUUGCCACAAGAGACAGUAAUAAAAGAAAGAUUUUUCACACUACA